UAAUCUUUAACCGCAACUUUUGUACACAAUUUUUAGACAAAAACCCCAAACCUUAAACCCGCUCCUUGCAGGUCUCGCACUCAAUCUCGAAUCUUUAAUUGGAGUAAAAAAUAAAAAAAUAAAUAAAAAAAACACCCUUUCUGAUAGCGGCCGAGUUAAACCCGGCCAUGGCAUUCAGAUACACCGCCGGCGAGGAACCGCCGCCUCCGCUGCAGUACAGUCACGGGCAGCCGCAACAGCUGACGCCAUUGCCCCCGCCACAGUCUGGCCUCGUUUUCUCUGCUGAAUCAACCGCUGGAGGAAAUACGGAAUUAAGGCCAAUAGUGACAGCGGGUCACGGAAAUUUCAGGUUUGGGAUGAGUAAUGACUAUCUUAACCAUGGAGUUGUGCACACAAGUGGGUAUCAUGGACAAGGAUUUGGCUGGGUAGAUAAUAGUUUUGGUCCUUCAAACAAUGUUAAGGAGGAAAUUCAGAGAGCUUUAGAGAAGGAGAGGAUUAGGGAGGAGAUCAUUGCUGCAGAGAUUGCCCGGAGAAGAAUAUUGGAGGCUGAAGUACGGGCAGAACUCAAAUUGGAGAGAGAAUUGGCUAUGAGAGUUAGAGAAGGCAAUGCUUUUGGCAAAGUUUCAUAUCCGAUGGAAGCUGGGUUACCAUCAGAAUCUAGGGGGUUUCCCUUCCUGCAAGAUGCUAAGGGGCGAUCACUGGAGGAAAGAAUCGCAAUGUAUGCAGAAGAAAGCUUAAGGAUGCGGGCAAGAUGUGAAACUCAAGGAUUUGAUGUUGUUCCUUUUCAGCCAAGCAGGACCAUUAGCCCCAAGGUUGAAGAGCCUGCACCUUCUCAUUCGGAAAAUGGCCAACAAAAGGAGAAAAUUGUUUUUCUGACCAAACCCGGUGCUGAUCUUUCUGGAAUGAAGAGGAAAGCUGUAUCUCCUGUAGAAGUGAGUGCAAAACAGCUAUUCAAUGUUAAGAAUACAAAAAGGAAUGGAGUUUGGAGUUGUGACAUUUGUGAAGUUAGUACCACCAGUGAGCGUGCCUUAAAUGAACACAUCCAAGGAAAGAAACACAAGUCAAAGGAAGCCGCAUUGAAGGAAAAGAAGAAUUGUAACAUUGGGCUUGGUGUUGUACCGAAUAAGAAACUGAAGCCUGUUAUAGAAGUUACUCAUAGUGUGGACAUGGAACAAGGGGUGAAAAUAGGGGAAGUAGCAUCACAGAUUGGCCAAAGUGAGCCAUCCUCAUUGCAUGAUGUUUCUACAAAGUGUUUGGAUGCAAAUAAUGUGUUAAUUUUGCCAGAAAAUGCAAAGAACAAAAAGCUAAAGAAGGUUAAACUACAGAAAGCCCCUAAAAGGAAGCCCAAGGAAAAGAAUAAUUUCUUGUUUUGGUGUGACAUGUGCCAGGUUGGAGCCAAGAACGAAAAAGUGAUGGAAGAUCAUAGGAAAGGUAAGAAGCACACGAGAUUGCUUGAAAAGGCUGCUGAAAAAGGUCAAGCUGUUUUGACCCCUCACACCAGUCAGGGGGAGGAUAAUGCCAGUGAAGCUACUGAAGAAGAGAAUCAUGCAUUUGAUGAUGUUGAUAGGGCUACAAAAGAGGAAACUGUAAAACGCUGUGAUCUAAUUGUCAUUGAGGAAGCGAAAGAUUGUGAGGCAGCAGAAGUUGCAAUUGACACACUGAACUGUUGAGUACAAAACGCCUUGAAGAGUUCAGUGAGUCAAUUUGAGUUACUGAGCCGGAAUGUUUGCUUGCAGCUGUGCAGUGUAGUAGUAAGACUUUAAAGUUUAAACAUUCUCCAAUGUGAUUUCUGUUCCAGGGUUCUCAUGAAAUAUUGCAGGACUGAUGGAAAAAUAAAAUGGAGAGGGCUCCAUGAGGGUGACUAACCUUGUAUCUUUUGAACUUUUUCAAGGAAUUUGUAAUUCUUUUUCAUAGUUAUUAUUCUUCAGGAUAACUAAAUUUGCAUUUUGUUGGCCAUGAAGACAGUUCAGUACGUAGCUGAUAAAUUUUGGAUCAAACUGACUGGUUCAAUCAACACAGUUAGCUAUACGAUUGAUCUUCUCAAUUAAUA